GUCGACGCACAGAAUCUGUUUGAUGAACAGGAUGAGAGCACAAAGCGCAGGAACAGAGGCUGAAGUUUUCUUCAUUGGUAGAACAAGGGCAGCAUAGCUACUAGCUCAGUGAGGUUCUUAGCCCUAGCAUGAGAGGUUAUUUUUUCCAUCGUCCACUCGUGACUAGGCCUCUUGGCUGAGACCAGGAGGAACAAAUUAAUUCAGGAAAGCACUGCACCUCCACUAGCAACAGGGCUGAGAUCUGCCCAGCUUCCUAUACAUGGUCUGCCACACCCAACUUCCCCCAAAACAAAACAGGUUAUCUCUAUUCCUCAUUCCACCGAGGGCUAAUAUACCCACAUCCUUUUUUGCUCUUCCUCUCCCCGGCUUACAGAGAAUGAAGGUGACUCAUGUGCAGACAUCCCGUUUCCUCAGAAGAUGCUGGAAACUCCCAAACUGAAGGCGAUGCCAUUGCCUCAGAAGUCAGAAAUCCACAGAUCUCAGAGGAUGAAGCUCAAGCACACCAGGCAGAUAAGCACCAAAAUUGAGGGAGGCUGGCUCCGUCCCUCCCUUAAUUACUCCAUUCUCAUCACCCUAGCCCUGUGCAACAGCACAAAUGGCAGCCUGACUGUACAACAGAUCUACCAGUUCACACGGCAGCACUUUCCAUUUUUUCAAACAGCCCCAGCGGGUUGGAAAAACACUAUCCGACACAACCUGUGCUUCAGCAGCAGCUUUGAGAAAACAACUUGUUUUGUGUGCGGAAAUGGAAACCACAAGUCACAGCUGUGGAAACUAACCCCAAAAGGGCGCCAAAAGUUUCACGAGGAAGCACAGGCUGUGCGCAAAGAGGCUCUCGACUUGGUGAGGACACGGAGAGGGCCAAGCUGAACACUUGAUAAAGAGGACCCUACCCAGAACAGAGGCCUUAUCAGCUUUUACCUAUACUUAAGCAAAGGGAUACCUGAGUUGCUAUGACCAACCCAUCCCCACAAGCAACAGAGGGGCUUCUACUUGCUUUCUCUUUAGAGAAGCCCCUUCCCUGCUUCGGAGGCAAAGCAACAAGAGGGUACUGUACUAUGUUCAGGCAUAAUUCUAUUCUUUCCACAUCUGGAGAGAAACCUUUCAGUGUACCUCAAGGAAAAACUUACUGGCUCCUCCUCACAACUGAGUUGCUGCUGCAGAAUAUUGCUGGAUGCUUCUCCCAAUCUGGGGAACAAGCUCAAGCACAAGGCACUCAGAUAGGGUUGUCUAUGACCGCAGCAGGCAUCCAAGCCAGUACGCAGCCACUACACCACUCAACACCAGGCUUAUGAGAUUAUACUAGACAAUUAGAUAACCCCACAAGUAGGUUAAGUUACCAGACCACCAAAAAAGCAUUCUUAAAUGAACCUAACAUAGCUAGAGAAGCCAGGCUAAAUUAAAACAGAGUCCUAAUCUUAGCAUCGUUUUGCUUAGCAAUACGAUAUCUGUCAAAUUAAUACGGAUUAAGACUGACUGAGGCUCUAGUAUCAGUGCCUGAGUGCUCAUUAUGGUCCAAAUAACUAUCGCAAAUUCCUCUCUGUAUCUUUUGCAGAACUCAUUAAAUCUCUGUUUGGUCCAUGA